AUGUCGGAUCAGGCCACGGCACGACCCAGGACGCAGAGCCCGCCCCGGCGACAAAGAGCCUGCGUGCCAUGCUCCAGCGCAAAAUCCCGAUGUCAUUUCCAGGAGUGCAACAUUCAGCGCCAUGUGUGUGACAGAUGCGAGAAGAUGGGCAUUCAGUGUGUGGCCAAGGCGUCCAAGAGCCUGCGAAAACCCAGGCAGAUUCGUCCCUUGAACAGUCGUGUGUCAAGCCUGGAGAAACAGAUCGAGACUCUGACAGCAGCCCUCGAAGGCGCACACCAAUCUGUCGCCAAGAAAGCGUCGCCGUCGCGAGAGCCGGCGCUUGCCCACUCCAGGUCUCCUCCUGUGGCCCUCACGCCGGAAUCGACAGGAGAUCCUGUCCCUGGCCAGGACAAGUCAAUGCGACAACUCCACGAGAGCCAAAGAACGCCAUCACGGCCAGCGCGGACAGUUGCCAGCCGAGUCCAACCAGGACCCCUCUAUGGCUUGACUUGGACGCAGUCGGAUCGUAUUCUUUCUCUUUUCCGCGAGCGGUAUAUCCAGAACUUUCCGUUUCUCGUGCUCAGCUGUCAGAUUACAGCUCGGCAACUGUACGAGGAGAAGCCGUUCUUGUUUAGGGUCAUCAUGUUGGCGGCUGCUCCUCUGCCAAUUCCGAGAGUGGUCAAGAUGAAGAGGAACGCAUUGGCGUACCUUGGACAGCAUAUGCUCGUGGAAGAAGAGCGUCACCUGGAUCUGCUCCAGGGCCUCUUGAUAUGCAUCUCGUGGGCGGAUUUACGCACAUUGUUUGACGAGCAAAUUACGAAUCUGACCUACUUGGCACUGGGCUAUGCGCAUAAUCUGGGCAUCACCAAGAUCCCCAAGUCUUUACUUCAGCAGAUUGGCAUGGAUGACGCCCCCGAAGACGUGAGCCAAACCAAGAAGGACAUGUUUACGGCGAAAAUGCAUUCCAUUGAGGAGCAGAGAACGUUUUUAGGCUGUUACUGCCUGCUAUCAGUCAACUCAACCCUGUUUGGGAGGCAGAAUCCGUUAAGGAGCCAGUACGUGGACCUUUGCUGCGAAUCGCUCAAACGAGCACGUGAACAUCCGUCGGACAUCUUCCUCGAGCACAAUGUUCGCCUCGUUCAGAUAGGAGAGAAGAUUUCAGAAGCGUUCGGAGCAGCAAACGACCGGGAACGAGGAAAGCCGUACCUGUUUUUGCUGGACGAUCAAUCCAGGGGCUUCCGCGAAGAGCUCGACUCCCUGAUGGAAUCUCUCGAUCGCCAACAGCAGCAGGACCGGGCUCUCUACUCACACCAGGUCCCUUCGGAAGAGUUUGACAACUGGGAACGCUUCUUCACCCUUCACUACAACUACCUCCUAGUCCGCCUCUACGAGCCCGCCACGUUUCUCCACCAGAUCCCGGAAGAAGGCGGCGCCCUAUCAACGUACCGCUCGCAGUGCCUGCGAAACUGCCUCCUUGCCGCGAAAGCCUACUUUGACAUUAUCUUCACCAUCCCCCCGGCGCAGUACAUUUACCAGUCCAUCACUUUUACGGAGCAAAUCACCUUUGUGCUCGUCAUCACGAGCCGGCUGCUGCUGCUGGAAACCAAGGACUGGGACGUCCACUUUGCGCGCAUGACGAUGAACUUCCUCUCCGUGGUGGACCGGCUCGUCCAGCGCCUGGACGCCUCCGAGGCCGAGAGGAUAUGCGCGGUCCGCAUUUUCGUCGCGGAGAUGGGCGUGGAGACCACGGCGGCGGAAAUGACGGCCGAGGGCAGGCUGGCGGAGAUGUCGAGGAAGAUGCGCUGGAUUCGCACCUGGUUCGAGACGAGGGUGAACAAGGCGGAGCUGCCGAACCAGCCGCAGGAGUGGCCGGUGGAGGAGCUGGAGAACAGGGGCGCCAGGGCGUUUGGGAUGGGGACCAGCGGGCCCGUCUGGUUUACGGGGGGCUGUUGUCGGAUUCGGCCUGGAACUUUGACGACGUGCAGAUGUGAGGUGGAUGCGUGGGAGGUGCUGCAGCGUUUUGAUGAUUUUCGCUGUUUUUUUUCGUUUUUUUUUUUUUUUUUUUUUUUUUUUUUUUUUUUUUUUUACCUCCUUUCCUUCUACGCCCCAGCAACUGGGUGCAUCGGUCAGGAAUGGGCAUUUUCGGCAUGGACGGCGCAAGUUCUGUUUCAGGACCACGGAAUGCGUCAUUGGUAG